CUACUUCCUGCAAACAUAGGCAGACAUACAGAAACUGCCACUCCAGGCCCAGUUUCACUUUGAAAGACUUGGCUGCUUGCCCUGGUCAGCUUAUUGUCAGGAAAUAAGAACCCUGGGACUUGCCACUACUGGAAUUUGUGCUCUGGGCAGUUAAGUAAGGACUGUGGGCAGCAGCUCUUUGGUGGUGAUGGAGCUGAAGGGCAGUCGAUGUGUGCGGCUGAGUGACGGGCACCUGAUGCCAGUGCUGGGCUUGGGAACCUAUGCUUCUGAAGAUGUUCCUAAGAGCAAAUCAUAUGAGGCCACCAAAGUAGCCAUUGAUGUCGGAUACCGGCACAUUGAUUCUGCUUACUUAUAUCAAAAUGAGGAAGAAGUGGGAGCAGCCAUGAGAGAGAAGGUGGCAGAUGGCACUGUGAGAAGGGAGGACUUGUUCUACACCACCAAGGUAUGGGCUACUUUUCUUCAACCAGACUUGGUUCGUUCGUGCCUGGAAAGAUCCCUAAAGAAACUGAGGCUGGACUUUGUGGACCUCUUCCUCAUUCACUUGCCAGUAUCUCUGAAGCCAGGAGAGGAGAUCUUGCCCAUAGAUGGCGCCGGGAAGGUGAUACAGGUUCCUGUGGAUCUGUGCGAGACAUGGGAGGCCCUGGAGAGAUGCAAAGAUGCGGGGUUAACCAGGUCCAUUGGUGUGUCUAACUUCAACCGCAGGCAGCUGGAGAUGAUCCUCAUGAAGCCAGGACUCAAGUAUAAGCCUGUGUGCAACCAGGUGGAGUGUCAUCCUUAUCUGAACCAGCACAAGCUGCUAGACUUCUGCAAGUCCAAGGACAUUGUCCUUGUGGCCUACAGCGCCCUGGGGUCCCACAGAGACCCUAGAUGUGUCCCCAAAGACAGUCCAUAUCUACUGGAGGAUCCAGUCCUGAAGGCCAUUGCCAAGAAAUAUAAACGCAGCCCUGGGCAGGUAGCCCUGCGCUACCAGCUGCAGCGAGGAGUGGUAGUGCUGGCCAAGAGUUUCAAUGAGAAGAGAAUCCAGGAGAACUUCCAGGUCCCUAAGAGCAAAGUUUAUGAGUCCACCAAAGUGGCUAUUGAUGUCGGCUACCGACACUUUGAUGCUGCCUACAUGUAUCAAAAUGAGGAAGAAGUGGGAGAGGCCAUGAGAGAGAAAGUGGCAGAUGGCACUGUGAAGAGGGAGGACUUGUUCUACACUACCAAGGUGUGGUCUACUUUUCUUCAACCAGACUUGGUUCGUCUAUGCCUGGAACGAUCCCUAAAGAAAUUGAAGCUGGACUAUGUGGACCUCUUCCUCAUUCACAUGCCGAUAGCUCUGAAGCCAGGAGAGGAGAAUUUUCCCAAGGAUGGUACUGGGAAGUAUAUCCUUGUGCCUGUGGAUCUGUGUAAGACAUGGGAGGCCCUGGAGAAAUGCAAAGAUGCAGGGUUAACCAGGUCCGUCGGUGUGUCCAACUUCAACCGCAGGCAGCUGGAGAUGAUCCUCAACAAGCCAGGACUUAAAUACAAGCCUGUGUGUAACCAGGUGGAGUGUCAUCUUUAUCUGAAUCAGCAAAAGCUACUGAACUUCUGCAAAUCCAAGGACAUUGUCUUUGUGGCCUACAGCGCUCUGGGCUCUCACAGGGACCCAAAGUGGAUCAAAGGAGGUUGUCCACAAUUCUUAGAGGAGCCAGUCCUGAAUGACAUUGCCAAGAAACACAAUCGUACUCCCGGGCAGGUGGCCCUGCGUUACCAGCUACAACGAGGGGCAGUGGUGCUUGCCAAGAGCUUCACUGAGAAGAGAAUCAAGGAGAAUUUUCAGAUGUUUGAAUUUGAACUGACCCCAGAAGACAUGAAAGUCAUAGAUGGUAUCAACAGGGACUUCCGCUACUUCUACCUAGACUUUGCGAUUGGACACCCCAACUAUCCUUUUGUUGGUGAAAAGUGAAUGUUAUAUGUCCCCACUACUCCUACCCUAUGUGGAGGAACCCUUUUACCUUCGUAUCACCUUUCAUGGCUGAUAGAAGCAGUGCCUAUGGAUUAACCUGGCCUCUCCUGU